AGCGGGCACAGCGCACGUAAUGGAAAAGAUGAGUAGCAAGAAGACCAAGGUGGAUAUCAUGGGGAACGGGGUUCUGCCAAGACGAACGCUAGAUCUCUAUGCUAUGAAUGCUGGAGAUGGACCUCGUAGCUAUGUCCAAAACUCCUCCUACCAGAGAGGAGCGGUGGAUAUUGCAAAGCCAAUCAUAGAAGAAGAAAUUGCCAGAAAACUAGACAUCAAACACCGGUCAUCGACCAGCCCGAAUGGCUUUUGGGUUGCUGAUUUUGGCUGCUCAACUGGCCACAACUCUUUUCCGGCCAUGCAAAUUAUCACUCGAGCUAUCUACAGAAAACAUGCUUCCUCAGGACUCAUCACUUCCCAAAUUCCAGAAGUUUUCGUGUUGUUCAACGACGUUAUCACCAACGAUUUCAACACCCUUUUUACUUCACUUCCACCCCGUAGGCGCUACACUGCAAUUCGACUGCCAGGUGACUUCCACAGCCGCCUCCUGCCGGAAUCGUCCCUCCACUUUGCUUACUCUUCUUGGGCACUCCAGUGGCUUACGCAGGUGCCAAAGGAGGUGGCGGAAAGAGAUUCUCCGGCUUGGAACAACAGGGCAAUUCUAUACACAAGAGAUAGAAAGGAAGUCUGUGAUGCCUACUUGAAUCAGUAUGCUAAGGAUAUUGAGGCAUUCAUGGAAGCUAGAGCAGUGGAGAUGGUGAGUGGAGGGCUAAUGGCCAUUCUAGUUCCUGCAGUUCCUGCCUUUUGGAAUCCUGAGACAGAAUACACCAUCCCUUCUGAUCUCAACCUUUUGGGAUCUUGCCUCGUCGACAUGGCCAAGACGGGAAAGUUCAGUGAAGCAAAAGUAGACUCAUUCAACCUCCCUUUCUACUUUACCACCCCAGAACAGUUGAAGGCCAUAUUAGAGAGAAGCCACAGUUUCACUCUUGAAAGAUUGGAGAUACUAAACAACCCCGGAAAGUACACCUUGCCCAGUGUCAACGCCCGUGCAGCAUUCUACAGGGCUGUCCUUGAAGGACUGCUGACAGAUCACUUUGGAAGUGAUAUCAUCGAUGAAUUGUUCACCCUAUACAUGGAGAAACUUGCAGCUUUACCGGUGUUCCUGAACCCUGACAAAGACAAAUCUACAGUGAUUCUUGCUGUCCUCAAGCGAAGAUCCGAAUAAUUUUACAAUACCGUGGAUUCAGAAGGGAUCUCCAUGUCACAAUAAGCAUUGCAUUUUGCAGUAUUCCAUGUUGUUGUUUAUUUCCUUUCGGUUGUAAAUUUCUCUGUAAUAUCAGUUUCUUCUUGCUUAGAAGUUGAAGCUUUUCAUACUUUGAUUUUCAGCAUAUAAACUGUUGGCGUGCUUUUGACAUUUAUUUCCCAUUGAUUCAA